CUUCGCCAAGUACUUGUUCACUCAACAAAUUGUUUCUUUUGAUGACGAGCGCUGAGUCUUUGCAUUUAAGUGUGCCCUUGGAAGUUGUAGAUUGUUGCUGUAGCGGCUUUGGAACGCAUGUUUGGUGCAACGGUCACCAACACGCUAUUACAACGGCGGACAAUUUUGUAUAUCUCACAUGUUCAGGCGAACAUAUUAUCAAAAUGCAGAUAGAUAAGGGCAUCGAUAGUAUCGAAUUUCAGUUACAAUCUAACCUUGACCUUGCGAUGUUACAAGUUCGAGCAAAAGCUCAAGUCAUUAUGAAUGAUAAAGAUCAUUCUACCCCGGGUAGUGAGCAAAUGUCUAUUCUAUGUGUUACGCGUGAUUUAGACGCUUUCAAGAAAUUUAUGAGUCAUUUUAAAAAUUCGGAAAAUAGUGUUGCGAAAAAGCCAAUGGAGGAUGAAAAAUUUAAAAGUUUAAUUAAAAAAUAUUUUGACUCUGAUGGAAAUGUGCUUCCAUCUGGAAAGAUUAAAAAUCCGCUGAUGAGAACACAGUGGUUGAGUCGAAAUACAUCUCCGCCAACUUCUAGACAUGGAAAAGAAAUAUGUAGAAAUACCUUAGUGUCAUCUUCAACCAAUUCGACAAAUACCACAUCAUAUUCAACACUAUUUUCAAAUACGAAUUCAAACAAUUUAAGUAAUUCAACGGAUGAAGACGUUAUCGUAGUUUCUUCUGUGAGAAGAAGAAACAGUUUAAGUCGUAAAAGAACUGGUCCAUCUUCGGAUCACGAGCCGAAUACAGAUUUUUCAACAAAAUUCAAUGGAAUACGUCUUAAGAAAAAAUAUAAAUCUUCAACAGACAUUGUGCCAUAUUCAAAAGUUCCACCAAAACCUGUGUCUGAUGUUUCACAUAGUCUUGGUAGACGAGAUCCAAAUAGCAAGUUAUUUGACUACUCUUGUGUUGGAUAUUCAUCAAUUUUAAUUACUGGGUCAGAUUACAAUCGUUUAAUAGACAUGGACGAGUUGAACGACACUCUUAUUGUAUUUUAUAUGAGAUAUGUUCUGAAUCAGCUUCGUGAACACGAUGAAGCUAAGGCGAGGAAGUAUUAUUUAUUCGACUCAUAUUUUUAUAAAAAAUUAUCUGACCUUCGCGAUGCAAAGAUGGAACAAAGUGAAAUUUAUAAUCAGAUGUCAAGAUGGAUAAAGAAAAAGAAAAUCGACCUUUUCGAUUUUCAAUAUAUAUUUGUUCCAAUCUGUGAAAAGCAAGCAUUUCAAUUUUAUUUUUACGCUCUAUCUUGCGGACAUUGGUAUUUGGCUUUGAUAAUUAAUCCAGCUGCGCUCAGAGAAAAUAGGAUUGCGGAAUGCUAUAUUGCAAUAUUUGACUCUAUUGCUGAAAGUUUUAAGCACAGUCGUACAGUGCAUAUUAUUACAAACUUUCUGUUUGAUUACACACGAGACACGGGGAAGGUGACCAUCGAACGGACAUCAAAAAUUCCUCACUCAUUGGUAAAUUCACCCAAGCAAAAAAACAAUGUUGAUUGUGGCAUAUACGUACUUCAUUUUACCGAAACAUUCAUGUGGAAUUCUGAAAUCCUCAAACGGCAAAUUAUCAAAGCCAAAACUAAUGAGAAUUCUUGGGAGCCAUAUGACCUACCCGACAAGCGCAAUUCGAUUUUGGAUAUAAUCGAUGGUUUAGCAGAACAGUACUCGCAUAUUUAA